AUUUCUUACCGCAACAUAUUAACGCUCUUAUUCUAAAAUAUACACUAAAAAAAUAUUCAACGAAAUAUUCGACAGUUAAAGAAUAUUUAUUCGAUUUCCUAUUCAUAUUUUUCCAAUCGAUAUUUUCAUAUCGAAACUGAAAUAAUAUCGAAUAUUCGGUAAUUUCGAAUAUCGAUAAACAUUUAGCCGUAGCGUACAGACGUGUUUGAACUUUCAGACGUAAUUAGUGAUUUUUUUUUGGAGAAUACUUUGAAAUUAUUUCCGGGAAACAUAUCGAAGAGACCAAAUAAAUAUUAUAAUACGAUCACAAUCAACGAUAGAAUUCUUAAUCGAGUAAUUGCGUUGGAGAUAUAACCUUUUAAGUGUGUAAGAGUGGCAUGAUGAUUUCGACAAAGAACAGUGAUGAUGCUGGGCAUGGACUGGAGAAUCUUGGUAUACCUGGACAGGGAUAUCUGAGAGAUGCUUUGACGAGUUGCACAGAUCCUUUGAAAGCUAUCGAAGAAUUUCAGAUGGAAAAUGGUAUAUUGUUACCAUCAUUGCGUCCAAUGUUACCUUUGCUCGAUUUACAUGGAGUCAGAAGAUUAGACUUUCAUGCUUCAGUACUCGAGGAAUUACGAGAAAAAUUAAUAAAACGAAUUAAUGAGAUUGGCGCAGAAAGGGCAGAUAAAAGCACUUCUGGGGAUAAGAGGCUAAAAGAAUUAUUAUCCAAAAGUUUUACUGCUGUGAGAGUUGCUCAGUUGCGACCUGUUGUGAUGGCUAUUUUGAGGAAUACUCCGCAUAUUGAAGAAAGAUACCUACGAGUAUUAGUUAGGGAGAAAGAACUAUAUAAUGAUGCUGAUACAGAAGUAAAACGUCAAAUCUGGAAAGACAAUCAAAGUCUUUUUGGAGAUGAAGUCUCUCCAUUAUUCAGUCGUUAUAUUAUUGAAAAAGAACAGAUUUUAUUCGACCAUCGCAACUUGAACAGUUUGUUUUUUACACCAUCUCCUAAAGUGAGGAGGCAAGGAGAUGUUGUACAGAAGUUAGCCCAUAUGAUUGGGCACAGUGUAAAAUUGUAUGAUAUGGUAUUGCAAUUUUUAAGGACUUUAUUUCUACGCACUAAGAAUAUUAACUACUGUACUCUAAGAGCAGAACUGCUAAUGGCGUUACAUGAUCUGGAGGUGCAAGAAAUCAUCUCUGUGGAUCCUUGCCAUAAGUUUACUUGGUGUUUGGAUGCGUGCAUAAGAGAGAAAAAUGUGGACGUUAAAAGAUCUCGUGAAUUGCAAGUCUUCUUAGAUAGUAUUAAGAAAGGACAAGAGCAGGUGUUAGGGGAUCUGAGUAUGAUUCUGUGCGAUCCAUAUGCAGUAAACUUUCUAGCUAGCAGUGCAAUCAAAAUUGCGCUUCAUCUAAUAAACAGUGAAUCAUUACCUAGAGAGAAUGCAGUGCUAUUGUUACUGCUGAGGAUGCUUGCUCUAGGAUUGUCUGCUUGGCAAAUGAUUGAUACGCAAAUAUUCAAGGAGCCAAAAAUGGACAGUCAAGUUGUCACAAAAUUUCUACCUGCACUCAUGUCACUUAUGGUUGAUGAUCAAAUAAGGCAGCUCAACUGUAGACUUCCGCCUGAUGAAAGAGAGAGUGCAAUUGCGAUUAUAGAACAUUCUGGACCCCCUCCCGACGCAUGUCACUUGUUUGCUCAAACCUCCGGACUAGCAGCUGUUUUGUCGAUGUAUUAUGUAUUACACGUUGGAGGAAGUAGUGGGGUUACAAGAGUUAGGGGAGAUACUAGAGGCUUGAUGAGGGUAUUACCAAUAUUGCCAAAUUGUCAAGCACAUCGAGCUUUUGAAGAUCCAUUCCUGCAUACAUUGGUUUCGUUAUUGAUACUAAAUAUGGCUGACGAAUUUUCAAACGAGUCAUUCUGUACAGUCAUUUUUGACGAAUUUUUCUCAGCUGGUUUAAGCAGAGACAACGUUACACGACACUUGCUGAAGCUACUUUGGUAUAUAUAUCCUAAACUACCAUCUACACGAUUGCAUUCUUUAUUGAAAGCCUUGCAGCCAACGAGUCAGCACAAUGAAGCAGUACAUACACUUUACGAAUCUCUACGUGAUAAGGUCGGUAGUAACUCUACAGAAGAUCAAUUAGCAGCAAAUGGACAAAUGGACAUGAGUCUCGAUUGUUCUCCUUCUACACUCACUGGGAUACCGACACCAACAUCAAGUACAUGUCCACUUUAAAAUGCAUAAUAUGCAUUUGAUGAAAAAUUUACAGAGUAUCUAUAAUUGAUUUUCAAAUCUUAUCAAAUACACAUACAAAUACACAUACAAAAUCUUAUCAAAUACACAUACAAAUACACAUACAAAAAAAGUUUUGUAAUUAAUCUGUAAUAAUAAAUAUAAUUUAAUAUGUAAGAUCAGAUAUUUUGUUUAGGAAAUCAAAUAUCUAAGUACUAAUAAAAAUAUAAAAAUCUA